UAUAAAUAUCACUGGCUGACAUUUCUGAGUAAUCCUCCCAAAAAAAAAAAAAAACCGUAGUUAAUAAACUCUCGCGUUAUUCUCAAGCAGCUCCAUAUUUCUCUGUACACGCUCUCUUCUAAUCCGCCAGAUCUAUCGUUCUCGGGGAUCUAAAGCAAGCAAGAGAAAUGGGGCUGACAUUCACAAAACUGUUUAGCCGGCUUUUUGCCAAGAAAGAGAUGCGCAUUCUGAUGGUUGGUCUUGAUGCUGCUGGUAAGACCACCAUUCUGUACAAGCUCAAGCUUGGAGAGAUUGUCACUACUAUUCCUACCAUUGGUUUCAAUGUCGAGACUGUUGAGUACAAGAACAUUAGCUUCACUGUCUGGGAUGUUGGUGGUCAGGACAAGAUCCGCCCAUUAUGGAGGCACUACUUCCAGAACACUCAGGGUCUAAUAUUUGUGGUGGAUAGCAAUGACAGGGACCGUGUUGUUGAGGCAAGGGAUGAAUUGCAUAGAAUGUUGAAUGAGGAUGAGCUGAGAGAUGCAGUAUUACUUGUAUUUGCAAACAAGCAAGAUCUUCCUAAUGCAAUGAAUGCUGCUGAGAUUACGGACAAGCUUGGCCUGCACUCUCUCAGGCAACGCCACUGGUACAUCCAGAGUACCUGUGCUACCUCUGGUGAGGGCCUAUACGAGGGUCUGGAUUGGCUCUCUAACAAUAUUGCUAACAAGGCAUAAAUGUUGAUGGAGUUGUUUGGGUGAUGCUUGGUGCAGCUGGGUUUCCGUUUAGUCUUAUACUAGUCUGUGUGGAGAUGUUUUUCGAAAGUUUUAAAGUGCUUUUGUUCUGUUUAGGACCCCUUUUAAAUGGCUGUGUAAAACAAGCUGGCUUGUUUCAUAUAUUUUCAGACACUUGAUUAGUUUUGAAUGUAAUGCUAUAUCUUUUCAUGAAAACUACAGCAUCGUUUUAGUUUUGUAA